AUGGCAGAUGGGUUUCGAUCUCGAUCUGAAGCUGAACAACUGAACCAGAGCUCUCAGGAGAGGGUAAGAAACCGCUUUCCUGGUCGUCCCAGAACACUUUUUGGAGUAGAGGAGCCCCAAAGAGAAAGAACUGAACAAGAGCUCCAGCAAAAUGAAAAUAGUGAGGCAGAAAAUACUGAUGAAACCAACGAGACCUUCAACAUUAAUGAGAAUGAUUUCCGCGCAAUUGAAAGCACAGAUGUUGGGAUUCACGAUGCUUACUUUCAAGAUCAUCGGAAUAUAAGCCUUUUCUACACUUACAACGAAGAAGGUGGAGGUGGUGUUGAUGUCCAUCAACCAAGGAGGGGUCGAAACCACAACAUUUGUGGCAAUAAAUUUUAUGCAAACAAAGGCAAGCGUGUUGGGAUUAGCAAAUUUGGCAACAAGUACAACAAGAAGUCGAGCGUACCAUUUCUUCUUGGUCUUCUUGGUCUUCUUGUUCUUCUAGUUAUUGCUUCUUCUUUUCUCUUUUAUAUAUCAAUGGUGAGUAAGCAAAACAAAAAAUGA